AUGUCGGCGCUCGUGUGGGCGCACCUAAAACAGUGCCAAAAGCCAGUCCUCAACCACACCAUCGUAUCACCAGUUGUGCCACAAAUGACAUUCAAUUUAAGACUUAUAGCCAAUGAUUACCGCAAGUGUUACCACAGUUUACGCCAAUUAUCACCGCAAAUGAUGCCACGCGAGCACCAGUGGGUCGGACACCUCAGCGCCAGUCUAUGGUCGAGACUACUGGUGCCGUCAGGACAGCACAGGCCGUACCAUCAACUGGUCCGACACCUAAACACCGGUUUAUCGCCACAACUACUGGCCGCUCGCCAGCACCGACACCAUCACCAGCAAUGGGUGCGACACCUGAACGGCAGUCAAGUACGUCGACUGACAUCCCGGAGCCGUAACAAAGACGUGAUGAUAUACGCGACGGCAUUCGUGUUGGCGGUGUUGGGCGGCACCUACGCAGCCGUUCCCCUCUACCGGAUCUACUGUCAGAGCACAGGGAAGGGCGGGAAAGCCUUCGUCGACGAGAAGAAGAACCGCAAGAUUAUGGAUAUGACGGCCAAAGAGGAGCGACUGAUUCGCGUCACCUUCUCGGCCGAGACGACGAGUCAGAUGGCCUGGAAUUUUAGGCCAACCCAACCGGAGAUCCGGUGCUUUCCCGGCGAGACUGUACUCGCCUUCUUCACGGCCCGGAACCCGUUGGACCGACCGGUGGACGGCAUCGCCACCUAUAGUGUGCAGCCGUACGAAGCGGGCACUUAUCUCAACAAAAUCCAGUGCUUCUGCUUCGAGGAGCAGCGGCUGAACCCCCACGAAGUAACCGUUGGACAGUCGUGUGGUCGACAAAACUGA